CGUGCAAGGUCAACUGUGUCACAAUUAUUACAUGCCAGUCUAUUUUUAGGUCCUGACUUUAGCAACUAUUAACACUGAAUCAAUAUAUAAUUUAGGGUCUAGGCUUACUAGUUCAUUGUCUGUCAUUCUGUGCAGUAUCCGUGAGAAGCUCUGUAAUAAAGUGCAAAACAGAAUCAAUCUGCAGAAUGGCAUCAUGGGAGAAAGACAUCAUAGGUGAGGAUGAAUGUCAGAAAUUGGAAAAUGGAGAAGCUAAUUUACAUCAAGACAUGGGCAAGUGUAAGAAAGAUCCAAAUCAUAAAGGUUUUAUACCCAUUCGUGAAUUCACCAUCAGUCAUUUGCCUGAAGGAUAUCGGAAGAAAGAUGUGUAUCAAUAUAUUCUAGCUGUAGCUGACCUGACAGUCAGAAUAGGUGUCGAAAAAAUUAGUUUAGAACGACAAACAUUUUAUUAUAAUUCAAGACACUUGUACUCGUUUCACGACGUUGAAGGAAGUUCGGGGAGUGGUAUGAUCAAAAAUGUCUUCCACUAUACAAAUGGAGUCAGUCCGGAUAGACUCGAGCAUAGCGACUACAAAAAGUGUUGGUGUAAACAAUGUGAAACUUCGGACUCCCCCAGUGAAGAGUGGUGGGAGUUUAAUGUCGUAACAGCAACCCACGUGGUAUUUAAUGAGGCUGAGGCAAGAGACACAUCUGUGAGGUUAUUUUUUGAUCAAGAUAAGUGUCCUAAAAUUAUCAUUGAUAGAGUCAGAGUAGAUAUUGCAGACAGGUGGGACAAGUGUGUGUUGAUCGGUGCAACAUGUGACCGAACUUUAGGAUAUAAAUUGAAAGAAAUGUGGGAACAUUAUAAAAAUAUCAGCGAAAAAAUAAAUGAAAGUUAUGACGAGUCUAAGGACGAUGUUAAAUUGACCUUUAUAGUUUCACAUCCCCAUGGAUGUUCCAAACAUGUCAGUUUGGGUCACUGGAUUGACACAGACGGAGUGGCUAGCUUUUUAAAAAAGUUUACGUAUACAACAGAUACAUGUCCAGGAAGUAGUGGAGCCAGUGUCCACUGUGUUGGGUACAACCAGACGAGAAUAGCAGACCAUCUUGUACAUCGUGGCAGUUUAUCCAAGGGAAUCAAUCACAGUGGAGCUAUCGUGGUGCACCAAGAUCAUUCUGAAAGACGUUGAUUCCAACAACGAAGAAAAUAUUACAAGGACGGUGUUUUACUAUAAACUCAGAUUAGGCCGCUAAAGCGAAUACCCAUGAAACAUUUUUUUUUCAAAACUAAUGUCAGAAUCCGAUUAGAACUGGAUAGAACUAAUGUAGCUACUAUAUACGUACACAUGCUUUUGUUUUUGCCACAAAACUUGACAUCAUAUAUGCGGGGUCAUUUUCAUUUACUUUUUUUUGUUAGAGUGAGAGUUUUUGCAAUGCUGAAUCUAUUGUAACUAUUGGAGACUUUAAUACAUGGCGGAAAAUCUAAAAAUAGCAAGCUUUGUUGGUGUAUCUGUUGUAUAAAAUAAAGGAAACGUUUUUUAAAAGUUACAUUUGUGCACAUUUUAGCAAUGCAGAAUCAAAUUUCUUCUUAUCUUAUAAAAUACAGACUUCAAAAACGUAGUUGAUUAUAUCCAACACGUGCUCCUAGGUCAAUCUAAUCAUGCACGUUAACCAAUGACAUUUAAUUCUGCCACCUCACUGGUUUUCCUGGCUGACCCAUGCUCUAAUAGCGCUAGGGAAGAAGGAGUAUUUGUACAAAUUUGUCCUAGCAAAUGGGACGAGGAA